AUGCGUCUCAUCCCCAUCGCCAGCAUCGUCAUGGCCCUCGCGGCCACCGCCAUCGCCGACGGCAAGGCCAUCACCGACGCCCUGACCAACAUCAACACGCAGGCCGAGGGCCUCAACAGCACCGUCGCCAACUGGCAGGGCGACCUGAUCGGCGCGAUCCCCAUCACUAUCAAGUCGACCCAGCUGCUCACCCAGAUCAAAAAGGCCACCAAGACGGCCUCUCAGUCGGCCAACUUGACCAUGGAGGAGGCCCUCGCCGUCGCCCAAGCCACCGGCAAACUGAGCGAGACGGUUCAGACCACGCUGCAGACCAUUGUCAACGCCAAGCCCAAGUUCGACAAGCUCAUCAUCCUGAGCCCCGUUGUCCUUCUGAACCUCGAGCUGCAGCAGGAUGCUACCGACGAGUUCAGCAGCGCCGUCGUCAGCAAGGUCCCCACGGACCUGCGGAGCCUUGCCCAGGAAUUGAUCAAGCCGAUUAACGAUGCUUUCGCCGCCGCCAUUGACAAGUAUCGCCUCUUCUAA